AUGGCGCUAAUUUGGUGUUUAAGUCUGCUCUGCUUACUUGCUGGUGCAUCUCAUGCUGCUGAGGUCUGUCUGGGUGAGCUUGGUUGCUUUAACGACCUCCCUCCAUGGGGGGGAACAACCCAGAGACCUGUUGCCGUCCUACCGUGGUCUGCUGAAAAGUUAGGCACCCGCUUUCUGCUUUUCACCCAGAGGAACCGUUAUUACCAGGAGAUUAAGCCCGACUCGACCAUUCAUGCAUCAAACUAUGGUGGCAUGAGAAAGACUCGAGUUGUCAUUCCUGGUUAUCUGCAGAAAGGAGAUGAAGACUGGCCACAAGAGAUGUGCAAGGUUAUGCUAAUGUGGGAGAAUGUGAACUGCAUCGCUGUGGAGUGGAAGAAUGGUGUGAAGACUCAUCAGUAUGCCCAGGCGGCCAAUAAUGGCAGAGUCCUGGCUGCACAGGUAGCAUCCAUGAUGACUUUUCUCAUGGGUAACUACAAGCAGACGGCGGGUAAAUUUCAUAUUAUUGGUCAUAGCCUCGGUGCUCAUGUCGCUGGCGAAAUUGGUAGUAGGAUCGGCGGCAUUGCACGCAUCACUGGACUUGACCCAGUGGAGCCUUAUUUCCAUGACACAAAUGCAGCAGUGCGCUUGGAUACAACUGAUGCCACUUUUGUUGAUGUCAUCCACACUGAUGGAAAUCCUUUCAACACAAAACUCGGUCUUGGGAUGUCUCACCCCAUCGGCCACAUUGACUUCUACCCUAAUGGAGGAGAUCAGAUGCCUGGUUGUAAAGUAAACAAAGGCAGGCCAACAGACCUGGAUGCUAUCUGGGAGGGUACAAAAGAUUUUGAUGCCUGCAAUCACAUCCGAGCCUACCAGUACUACCAGGAGAGUAUGGUUAAACCACAAGGUUUCGUAGGAUUCCCUUGCUCUGAUGCAAGCAGUUUUGCAGCGGGAAAAUGUUUCCCGUGCGCUGACGACAAAUGUCCCCUGAUGGGCCUCUAUGCAGACAGGUUUUCUUCAACUAACGCUUCUGAGACAAAGUACUUCCUCACCACAGGCAGUUCUGAACCUUUUGGACGCUACAGCUAUAAUGUAAAGGUAACCUUGGAUGGUCCCAGCUGGCCUAACCCAGGCUUCAUGUAUGUGGCUCUCGCUGGAGAAAGUGACAGCACAAAGGAAUACCAACUUCAUGUGGGUACAAUGAAGCCAGGAAAGACUUAUGAAAUGCACAUUGAUGCCGAGGUUGAUGCAAGUACCGUAACGGAAGUCAGGUUUCGGUGGAACAACCACAUCUUCAACCCCAUGAAUCCAAAGUACGGUGCAUCCAAAGUGGAGCUGUUAAGGGGAAAAGACAAGAAGAUCACUCUUUUCUGUGGAACUGGUAAUGUCGAAGAGAAUGAGAUUCAGUCCAUUCUGCCAUGCUAA